AUGGUUACUCAUCGUCAUCAUCAUCUACCUUGGUUUGCUCUCCCUUGCGAAGGCUAUGAUAUCACGGUUGGCUCUGUGAAGGAGCACUUUCCUAUUGAGGCAGCGAUCGCGGCGUACCGGAGCCAGUUCUUGACGGCCUCGAAUGAUUGCAGUCGGCCAAAGAAGAAACCGACAAUUAGCCCUCGAGGCAACUCUGUUCCUCCCAGUAAGGGUUACGGUCAUCAGGUCAGGCAAGGCGAGCUGGAUGCGGACCUCAUGGACUUUGGCGGUGGACAUCACCGUACAGUCUCCAACCCUCCCUCGAGCUCGUCUGUCUAUCCUGGGAUCACGUCCCGAUCGAGUACUCCUGCUGCACCGCAAGUACGGGCAGAGGAUCUGAAUAGGGAAGCGUUGAAGGCCGCAAGGCUGAAGGCUAAGGAAGAGCGCAUCCGUGCAAAACACGAAGAGUUUGCAUCGAGACAACGAGAGGAGACCACGAAGCGAGAAGCUAAGCUCGAUGCCCAAGGCCGGCUAGCAGAGGAGUUGGAUCAUUGGGCGUAUACCGAACAAGGUAAACCGAAGGAUAUUAGAACCCUCCUGUCGAAUAUGGAAGAAGCUCUGUGGCCCAAUUCCGGAUGGAACGCGGUCAGUGCAGGGGAGCUCAUGGUCAACACUGGAGCCGUCAAGAAGGCAUAUCGAAAAGCGAUCAUCCUCUGCCACCCAGACAGACAUCAAAGCGCUUCACCAGACGAGCAGUACAGAGCGGAUCGCAUUUUUAAUGCUCUCAACGAGGCGUUCAAGCGACAGUAA